UGUAAAUGGAAUUAAAAUGUAAUUAAAAUGGACAUUAAUUCUCUCCUGUUUAAACUAUAUGUUGCAAAAUAGAUUGCUAAAAAUCAAGGCCAGCUUGUGCAUAAUGUAUGAUUGAAAAUCACCAUAAUCAUAUUAAAGAGUUGAAAAGCAUUUAUGUAUUUAAGGAAUGGUCAUAGUCAAAAUAAAUCAUCUAUCAAAAACUAAAGUCGUUAUAGAAUGAUUUAUUGGAGUUCGUUUCUGAAAUUGAUCAACUUAUUAGAUCUGUUACAAUAGAUUCCACUUAAAUAAUGGAGAAUUGUAAUCUAAGAGAAUUAGAAGAAUUUGUCAAUAAAUUUAUUUAAUUAGAUUAAAUAGAGCGCACAGGAGUAAUUAAUUAAACAAUACCAAUUCUAACACAAGCUAUUACAUCUUUCAAAUAAGAAAUUAAAAGUUUAAAAGGCAAAACUAAUUCAUUUUAUUAUAAUAGAUAAAAUUUUGGUAAAAUAUAAACUUAAAAUUCUAAUAAAUAAGUUCUAGAUCUAUCAAAACUUAGAAUGUUAUUGAUUAUAACCUGUCCUCCUGAUUGUAUAUGUGGCCAUUUAGAAAUGAGGAGAUGGCAUUGCAAUUGUGGUUAAUCAUACUAUUUGGAUGAAGAUGGAAAUAUAAUUUGCCUUAAAUGUCAAACAAAAUGUUUCAUAAAGGAUUUUAAAUUUUAAUGUGAAAAAGCUAAAUAGAAGCAAGUCCAUUUUUAUUUUAGAAGUUGUUCAUAAGUCUUAAUGGCAUUAGCUUCCAGUAUUGAAAGUUCAGAUUUAUAAUUCUCUGAAAAUAAUCAUCUGAGAUUUGCUAGCUCAAUAAAUAUGAAUCUCAUCAAGAGAUGGAACGAAUGA